UUAUGCUCUUUCCGCUAAAACAUAGCGAGCCCACCACAGCUGAGCUCCUCUUAUACUCUAUCCAUGGCGACGCCCUUCUGCCCUUUACAUCGUUUCGCUUCUUUUUCUUCUUGUUCUUCGAACUCGAUUUCUAAUUCUCCACCCUCAACUGCUCCAAUUCAGUUCUUUCUCAGCUCUGUAAACUCCCAGCCUCUUUUCCUACCGAGCGGAAAACCACAUACUUUGAUUUCGAAAUUCUUUGGUUUGAAGUCCAAAUUCAUACUACCAUCUAAGCUCCUUUUCCAUCCCAUUUUACUCCUAAAUGGUUACGAAAGGCCUGUAGAUACUCAGGCGCUACUUACCACUGUUAGUGUCUUCGCUGCCAUUGCUCUGUCUCUGUUUCUAGGACUGAAGGGAGACCCUGUUCCUUGCAAUAGGUGCGCUGGUAAUGGUGGCACCAAAUGUGUCUUCUGUGACAAUGGCAAGAUGAAACAAGAAACAGGCUUGGUCGAUUGCAAGGUAUGCAAGGGAGCGGGAUUGAUACUUUGUAAGAAGUGUGGAGGUUCUGGAUAUUCAAGACGCUUAUGAGCCAGGCCGAUGGUUCUUUGUCUGUCUUUGUUCAUCCUUUGUACCAUGAGACCAGCUGCCCAGCCUUCUUUCGCAUUGAUAUAGUAUAUAUCUCUCUUUGGGAAAUGUCUACAAAUGUAGAAAUGGGAAACUGUAGAAAAGAAAAUUGUAAUGUUAUCAUGAGAUUACCUUGUCUGAA